CAUCAUUUUCACAAUAAAUAAAUAAUAAUAAAAGAAAAAAUCAGAAAAUAAGGUAAAAUAACAUCCCUUCACCUCCUCUCUUCUCCACCGGAUCUUCCUUCACCCAAAAUUCAACUUCCCAAUCACUGUCUUCCUCCUCCUCAUCCACUCAAUUCCUUCUUUUUCCUUCUCUCCUUCGGUAUAUCUCACUCAUCACUCCAAGGCCCCAACCCUACCACUAAUUCACCGGCAUUUACCAAAUAGAAAUCCCCCAAACCCACCCCUUUCCAUCCCCCUCCUCUCUUCCAAUUUACAGAACCAAAAAGAGAAACCUAGGUUGAGACAAACACCCACAUCUCUUCAAUCCUACCUCUCUCUGCAUCUUGAUUCAUACCAAAACAAGUGGCACCAGCGCCAAAUAGACCUCCGUCGAUUCCUUCUUGCAAGUGAUUAAAAAUGCGAUGAUCGCGGCGAAGAACGGCUUAGUUGCUCCAAUGACAUGAUUGAAGGAGACCGGGAGGUAGUGGAGGGAGGUGUUGUCUCAAAAGAAGAGAAGCAGAAGAUGGCAGAGAGGGCGAAGAUCUCCAAGAACUGGCGGCGGGUUCCGGGCUAUGCCGACAUUGAGAUCUGUUCGUCAAGGGGAAUCGGGGUUGUUGUUAUUGUUGUUGAGGGGUUACCUUUGGAACAGACCUUCAAAUCUGGGGCCGAGGGUUUAGUGCGGAUUCUGGGAGGAAUAUCCGGAUGGAGAAGAGAGGAGGUGAAGGGAUCUUUGGCCGGAAAACCGUCGAUCAGAAUGCAAGAGAGACUAGAAGUAUUUUACCUUAUUUUCUGGGUUUUAUUUAUUUUUAUUUUUUUAUUUAUUGUGAAAAUGAUGUGGAAUAGUAAAAUAUUUUAUUUUAAUUAUUUAUUAUUUUUUAAUUGCCACAUCAGUCAUUUAACGGUCAACUUUUAAAGUUGACUGCCACAUCAGCGAAAGUUAACGGAUUUGGACGGAGAGUGACCGAACUCGAACUAUUGAACUAAAUUUAGUGACCACAAAUGGAUUUAAAUAUUUUUAGUGACCAAACGUGAACCUUUUUUGUAAAGCCAGUGACCAAACUUGUAAUUAAUCCUAAUAAAUAAACGUUUCCAUAGAACAAACGAACCGAUCAUAUCGGCCCGAAGUUAAGCGUGGUAUUCUUGUAUAAGCCCAACUUUGUUGAUUCUAUGGUGAAAAGUGGCCCAAACUAAUAUAAGCCUAGACUACAUUUCUUUUUAUCUGCUGUCCCGAACCCGAAGGGACAGGCGGACAACCCAGACCACUUUUCAUUCUAACCGACAUUGCGUUUUUGUAUGUACUUUUGGGGCUUCGACUGCUCUGAUCUCUCCCUUACUUUCUUUCUCCCUCGUAAAGAGAUUAGGGUUCUUGAUUUCUCCCGAAUCAAUCUGCCAUUACUUGGCAGAGGACUCUCUGCUGUGAUUUUACCCUCUCGCCAUCGUCUGCUGUGGUGUUUCAUUCUUAUCCGGCUCCUCAGCGCUAUCUCGUUUUAAUUAUAAGCGUUGAAUUCAGUUUCUCUUCUCCGAUUGAUUGGUUCGCCGGAUAAACCUAAAAGUCUGGGGCAGAAGCUUCUUCGUGUGAUUCUGUGGUGAAAAAUGGCAACACUAGCAGAUUCUUUCCUUGCAGACCUUGAAGAAUUAUCUGACAAUGAGCUUGAAACUAUCGAAGAAGAAGAUGGCGAUGUGGCCAACAUGGAAGAAGAUGUUGAUGGGGAUUUGGCAGACAUCGAAGCUCUCAAUUAUGACGAUCUGGAUUCCGUGUCGAAACUCCAGAAGACACAGAGAUACAAUGAUAUCAUGCAGAAAGUAGAAGAAUCAAUGGUGAAAGGUUCUUUCACCACAGACGAGGGGAUGGUCUUGGAAGAUGAUCCUGAAUACCAGCUGAUUGUGGAUUGUAAUGCGUUGUCCGUGGACAUCGAGAAUGAGAUUGUUAUUAUCCACAAUUUUAUUCGUGAAAAGUAUCGGUUGAAGUUCCCCGAGCUGGAGUCGCUUGUGCACCAUCCGAUUGACUAUGCUCGUGUGGUGAAGCGAAUUGCUAAUGAGAUGGAUUUGACACUCGUUGAUUUAGAAGGCCUUCUGCCCUCGGCUAUCAUCAUGGUUGUUUCAGUGACUGCAUCAACCACAAGUGGUAAACCUCUUCCCGAGGAUGUGCUCCAAAAGACUAUUGAUGCCUGUGAUCGAGCUCUCACUCUGGAUUCUUCAAAGAAAAAGGUUCUUGAUUUUGUGGAGAGUAGAAUGGGGUACAUUGCACCAAAUCUUUCAGCUAUUGUUGGGAGUGCUGUGGCAGCAAAGCUAAUGGGCACCGCUGGUGGUCUCUCUUCGCUGGCCAAGAUGCCUGCUUGUAAUGUUCAACUUCUUGGAGCCAAAAAGAAAAACCUUGCAGGCUUUUCUACUGCAACAUCUCAAUUUCGUGUGGGCUAUAUUGAGCAAACUGAGAUAUUUCAGAGCACACCACCAUCGCUGAGGAUGCGUGCUUGCCGAUUGUUGGCUUCUAAAUCUACUCUUGCAGCCCGUGUAGAUUCCACCAGAGGAGACCCUUCUGGAAGUGUUGGAAGAAAACUCCGUGAAGAAGUUAGCAAAAAAAUUGAGAAGUGGCAAGAGCCGCCUCCUGCCAAGCAGCCUAAGCCACUUCCAGUUCCUGAUUCCGAACCUAAGAAAAAGAGAGGAGGGCGUCGUCUUAGGAAGAUGAAGGAGAGAUAUGCAGUGACAGACAUGCGGAAGCUUGCUAACAGGAUGCAGUUUGGGAUUCCUGAAGAGAGUUCUCUAGGCGAUGGGCUAGGUGAAGGAUAUGGAAUGCUUGGUCAGGCUGGAAGUGGAAAGCUUCGAGUAGCAGCUGGGCAGAGCAAACUCGCCGCGAAAGUUGCUAAGAAUAGUCUAACUUUGUACCAUAACCUUGGUUUCAGAUUCAAGGAGAGGCAGUUUGGCAGCGGUGGUGCUACUUCCGGGCUGACGUCGAGCCUGGCAUUCACUCCAGUGCAGGGGAUCGAGCUGAGCAAUCCACAAGCUCAUGCACAUCAACUGGGCAGUGGAAUCCAAAGUACCUACUUCUCCGAAACCGGCACGUUUUCGAGGAUCAAGAGGACAUGACAUGCACCGAGGCGCUGGAUAUCAACGUUCACAAUGUGUAAGAUGGAUAGGAGGCUGGCCUGAGCCUGAGAGCCUUGACAUCAAUCUUUAUGGAGGAAUACAACCGACUACCUUUCUUCCUAAGGAUUGAGAUGUAAUGAAGUUGAAACUUGAAAUGGUUUUGAUUUCACGAGCCGCAACAGGCAAGACACGGAACUAUGUGCUGGCCCAGCAUGACGAAUUUUACGGGGCGUAAUGGGUCUGCGACUCUAGAUCUAUUGUUUCUUUUUUGAUCGUUUUUAUUAUGAAAACAAAAAGUGAAAAAAGGUUUCUUGAUAUGCAAAAUAAGUGUACGUGCUAACUCGUUGCUCAAUUGGCUUUGGGACUAUCCGUAUGUCGCCAUGAUUGAAUUAUCAAACGGGUAAAUUGCAAGUUUGGUCACUAGAAUAGUAGAAUUACUAUACAAGUUUACCCGAGUGAUGAUUAAUGGCAUGGUUGGUUACUGAGAUUACAAAAAAAGUUCAAGUUUGGUCACUC